AUGAUGGACGUCGACAGAACCAAGUACCUGCUCAGAGCGUACCUUAGGUGCAGAAUACAGAAGAUCGACCGCUUCUUUCUGCACUUUGCUGGCGAGGAGAGCUACCACAGCCGGCUGUCAGAUGGAGAGCAGCGUUACUGCGACAGGCAGGUAGAUCUGGUGCAGGCGCAUCUGGACAGGACUGCACUCACGCGCCUGCCACGCCGCUACCAGUCCAUCCUGAAGCAGGCGGACUCGAGCGAAACACCAGAUAUGAUCCCCACUCCCGACCUCGACACUUUUGUGUUCUGUGUGGCCACUCGCCCUCUGCCGUCUGUCCAGCUGGACCCCGAGCUUGAUGAUGUCAUCGGCAUGGCGCCUGGAGAGCUCCACAUUCUGCGAUAUAGGCCGAUCCAAACACUUGUACAGUCGGGUGAUAUUAUUCUUCUGUGA